AGCAGCCUUGCUUCUUCAGAUAUUGUAGUUAUUUGGAUGUAUAAUAGUUUAGCAAGAUGUUACUUUUGUAAGACAUCAGAUGUUCAAAAAAGUGCAUCCGAACUUGUACUAAAUACUGCAGUGUCCCUUUAUAAAAUAAAGUCAGACUAAAACUGACAGUUGUACAGCGAAGCCUGACAUUUGGAUAUUUUGAAGUUUUUUUUCAUAAAUCAUAGAGAUUAGUAUAUGGCUGUAGUUUAGCUUUUUAGGUAAAAGGUAUGUUUCAUUAGUGCAUUUCUUAUUGCUGAUCACUGCAAAAAUGUGAGUCAGCUUUCCAUUUCUUAUGCAGGUCAUGAUAACUUGUAGAAUAGAGUACAAUCAUUUGUGCUAUGUUUUUAAUUUUCUAAAGCACCUUGAUGACAGUGAGUGUUCAGUGGUGAAGCAUCCUCUAUUGAAUCACCCUCAAAUUUUUUUGCCAAGUCCAAAAUUGAUAGCUUAAAAGUCAAAAGUGAAAUUAUAGUUUAAUUAGGACUUGGUACAAAGAAAUCCCUUUUCCCCUUCCCCAAAGGGAUACUGCAGUUAUAUCACAUACCCAAUAGGCACCACAAUGAAGAUCAGAGCUUAUUAUACUUAAGGUUUUAUACACACCAGUUUCCCCAGUAAAUGCAAAUUUAACAAGAAAAUUAGACAUGUCAUAUGUUCAAAAUGCUCAUGGCAAACAAUCAUUUUGCAUUCCUGCAAAUAAAAUUGUUUUAUACUGUAAGCUGGAGGCGAGUGUAACUUAUUUUUGUAAUAAAGUUUUUAUUUUUUUUAUGUGUCAUUAAUAUAAAUGUGUGUUAGUAUAGAAAUAUUCUGGUUUAAAACUUAGAAUUUCACACAUUUCAGUAUGUUUAUUUGUACUUACAUAAUUUUAGGAUAGUGGUUGCCAAUAGCCUGUAUGUUUCACAUGAAUUGGUUUUUUUUAUGUUAUCUUAAUAAACCAUUUUAGUAUGUUGUAUGUCAGUUACUGGGAUAGCUGGGACAUAGAGUGUAAUUUAAAAUUUGUCAAUAAGUAUUCAUUGGAAUAUAUGUAAAUGUGCCUUGCCGGUUAUUGAAACUUACCUACAAAAUGAGUAUGGGGUGACAAAAAUUAGUUCCUGGUGCUUAAUGAAACUUUCUGCCACUGAUUUUAUAUAUUACCCCGUGCUUUUUUAAAGUACACCUCUCUGAAAUCUUAGUGUAAGUUUGAGGGCUACACAAAACAUUUACAUUUCAUUUUGACAUAUAAUGAGUAUAAUAGGUUGUGGAAAGUGGGUAAACUCAAUGUAGCCUUCAGUAAAAUUGAAUCUCAGUGUAAUCCUUGGUGCUGGCAUUUCCCAGUUUCAAGGAAUAAAAUGAUCCCAUCAAAGAGGUCAUUGCCAUGCCUAUUGGCACUUUACUGUCAUACCCUUUUUAAGGGACACUGUCAAGGUGUUUUUAAGUUAAUUCUCAGAAUUAUUAGUUGGGAUUUUAGGACGGGUUUGUUUGGCUUAAGUAAGAACUGCAUUGUCAAAGUUGAAAGAUGAACAUUUUUGUGAGUUCACAAAUGUGUUCUUAAAACAUUAAAAUAAUGAAGCUGUGGGUUUCUAAGAGUUAUUUGGCAUUCUUAAUUUGGGGGUUUGGGAGGGAAAACAUAAAUUGUGAACAAUUGAUGGGUAAUGUAAACAAUGGUGACGAAAUAUAUACACACUCAAGUGAAAUUACUUGACAGUGUUCAUUUGAAUAACUUUGAAUUCAAGCCAUUAUAAUUUUAAAAUUAAAUAUCAUUUGCACUGUUCUGAUAAUGGGUGCAGUUUUUGAGCAAUAUAAUCAGAGCUAAAUAUGCAUGUAGUGAUUAGUGAUGUGAACAAUUAUGUUCUGAGAAGAAAUACUAACUGGUAUUUUCAAACUUAAAUUUCUGUAGUAAAAUCAUUAUCAAACUCUUAUCAGAAAUCAAGGAAAACAGGCAAUGCAUAUAAACAUACUUUUGAAUGUUGUGUGGCCUAUAAAGCAAUAAUGCAAUUUAUAUGGAAUGUCAUGGGAUAUGAGAAAUGGAAAUGCAAAAAUAACUAAUCCUUUAGUAAAAAUGUCAACAUGUUAAAAGGGGAAUGUUAACUAAUGUAGGUUAUUGCUAUUUGUGAUUUGUUUAUGGGUUCUUGGCUUUGACAGCUUCAAAGAAUGGACAGAUGACAAGUUAAAGAAAUUUUGUACAUAAUGUCAAGGAAUGGGUCUUAAAUUCAAGAGUCAAAGUCCCUUCCUUGGGGUGAAAAAUGUAUCUUUAAAGCAUUCUGAUUGUUAAAAAGGAAAACUUGAGCUACUUAACCAAAACAGACACAAGAUUUUGUUUCUGCAGACUACUUGGCAAACAAAAGUGAUCAUCAAUUUAGUCAGUUUUCAGAAAGUUGCUUUGUGAGAAAAUUGUGUUGAAUAUAUUCUUUUUAUGGAAAAUUUUCAGUCACUGCAACUGAAUCAGAUGUUAGAAAUGAAGGAGGAAUUGAGCACAAAAAAUGGUUGCACAUUCAUGAUGGCAGUUAACAUCAUGAGAAAUUCACUGGUUACUGCAAGUCUGAUUUAACAAAACAUAUUUUCCUCAUGAUAAAAUAUGAAGAAAGAAAUGGAUUGAUGGGGUGAUUUGGGGUAUUCACUUGUAUAUAAGAUAUUUGAAAAGACUUAAUAUCAGGCUCGGUUGGCAGAGUUGUCACAUCAGAAAAGCUUUUUUGACUGAUAAGUCAAAAGUCACUGUUGAUCAGAAACAGCAAAUGACCUUGUUAUUAAAGAGUAUGACAUGUAGUCUGUAUUUUAAGGGGAGAAAUAAAAAGUAGAAGGAUUUCAUACUAGGAGAGGGAGAUAGAGUAAAUUAUUGCUCGGGUUCCUACAACUUCAAGAAUACCGACCAUAACCAUUUUCUCCCCAGUGAUGUAUAUAAAAUUUUUAUCUGAGCAUAGGAAUUCAGUGGCAGGUAUAAAAUGAAUGAACUUAAGUAAUACGUAAAAUGAACAUACUUGUGGGGAUGAUGUAUAGUAUUACUCAGUAAUCAUACCACUCAAUAGGGCAUGCCACUACUUUUUUAAAAUGCUAAUUAUAAACCAAUGUUCAAAGAUAUUUUUAACUGUGGGCAAAUUAGUAGAUGGACUUUUUGGUCUGUCACUUUUUAAAAAAGUACUUAAGAUACAAGUUCUAUUAGUACCACAGUCUGCCUUCAGUAAUAUACCUAAAAUAUUUUUCAGGACCAGAAGUGUUUAGUUUGGAAAAAAAACAAAUCUUUUUUACAAAUGCAAAACAGUAUUAUAACUAAUGCUCUGGUUCAAGAUUAGGUUUUUAAUGAUAUUUACAGUAGUCUGAUAAAUACUUAGAAGUCUGGCAUUGAGAAACAAAAGCUUGUACUGACUAAUUUUAUUUAAAAAGUAAUAGUUCUUUAGCUUAUUUAAAUUGUCUCUUACAUUUAUUUAUCCAUAGAAUUUAUAUUUAUUUCAUUCCUUUCAUCUCCCUGAAAACUGUCUGCAGGCUCUUUGAUUUGGAUUAGAUGUGUGAAGUACUGUCUUUUGCCAAAAACCUCAAAUUACCUGUUCUUUUCAACGUAGUGAGUUUGUGCUUGUUUGAAGAUCAGUUCAAAAACUAUCUGUACUAUCUGUACUGCCUCUGAUGUUAAGAUUUUAUGUAUAGCAUAAGGAAGCUAGCUCUGACUAUAUUUUCCUAAGAAUAAAGACCUAUUUUUGUAGCAUG